CACUGUUACCGUCAAUAUCAGUGCAAUCUAUGUCUGUACCGGUCUAUCAGUGUGGAGCACAUUGUGAUCCAUCAACAGUCGGUCCAUUCGCGCAACUUUGAGGUGACUGUCGCUCAGACGGAGACCGAUGAGGAGUCGCACAAAGACACCACUCCUCACAACCAGCAGAUCAUCAAAGAGUGUAAAGUGAUUGAAUGCACGCAAUUGGCCGACACAGCCGUUCCCGACGCCGACCACUACUUCGAGAACUACAAACACAAGCGACUCAAUGGCGAACUCAAUGCCUAUCAGUGUCUGUACUGUCCGUAUUUGGACACAAGCAAAGAGGAACUGUAUGCACACUGCGUGGCCGCUCACCCGGACUUUCCCAUACUUAUCUACACCGGUAUUAACGCCAGACAUUCGGUGAAUGGCGACAAAGACGACAAUGAGAUGAGCGAAGCCAUCAUGAAGUCCAAGACCGCUAAGAAGCGAUCGUUUGACGAGUCGUUCAGCGACUCGGAUGUCACCACCAAUGGUGUGGUCGACACCUAUGAGUUCGACAUCUGGACAGAGAGUGAAGACGAGGAUAUGUUGCUGUCAGAGGACGACCUCUCGUCGGACGGUGUGGUGAGUGAAGAGGCUGUGGCCGCAGAGCCGGCGCCCAAACGUCAGCGAACAGAACCGGACUCGUCGUCCAGACACAGAAUCCAAGACAUCCUAAGAUCUGGAACACCAGCCUUUGUGGCCAAUCGCNGGCCGCUUUGUCUGCACUACUGGCCCUUUAUUUCUCUGCUGUAGUACUGAGACGUUAAAUGAAUUUUAGUGUUAUUUUUUGGUUGUUUUAUGUGUUGUUUUAAUUUAAAUACAAGGUUUAGGUAUUGAUUUUUACGGUAUUUAUCUCUACUUUAAUUAUGUUUUCGACAUUUUUUUAGAUAUUUAUGACUUAAUUUUAUUGUAACCAUAACCGGGUUUUCUUGAGCACAAUAUAUUUGACAUAAUAUUCCACAUUAUAUUCGACAC